CAAAGUGAGCCGGGAAGCAUUCUCUCUAGCAGCCUGGACCAAAGGAUAGUUGCGAGUCGCGGACCGAGCACAGCCAGCUACUUGGAGAGUUUCUGCUGCUGUCCCGGAGCCACCUAGGCCAGCUUCUCCGCGCUGCCCCGCGGCAGGAGAGGAGGCUGCUGCAGAGCAGAGGCGGCGAGCAGGCGUGGGGCCGGCAGCCAGCGGCGCUGCUGGGGCACGCACCCUCCCGUGGUCCGAGAGCCACGCGAACUCCGUGCCCGCACGAGCCAGCCCCGGCUCGCGCUUUUCUCGGCGUCCGGGGUGCCCGGCCUCUCUGCCCACGCGCCGGCUCUUCAGGGCGGUUGUGGACCGAGUUACAACAUGAAUCUGCGACUCUGCGUGCAGGCGCUGCUGCUGCUCUGGCUCUCCUUGACUGCGGUGUGUGGAGUGCCACUGAUGCUGCCUUCAGACGGGAAGGGGCUAGAAGAAGGCAACAUGCGCUACCUGGUGCAGCCCAGAGCUUCGAGGACUGGACCAGGCCCCUGGCAGGGAGGCAGGAGGAAAUUCCGCAGACAGCGCCCCCGUCUCUCCCAUAAGGGCCCCAUGCCUUUCUGAACCAGGAUUGAAGAGCUUUCCAAGUGUCAGAUGGGUGCCGUUCUCUCUACUCCACAGAUUCUUACCAUCUCUGGGACCCUCACAUCCGUUUGGCUCUCAUCUUGCACCUGUCAUGGCUGCUGCUGGUCCCGGCUCCUCUCACCCACCAAGUUCCUCUAAUGCCGUGAUCCUGCCCCUCAUUUGGAUGAUUCCAUUUCUCUCACAAGGAUCCAUUUGGCUCAUCAUCCUGGUCACUCCUUGGACUGCCACUGGAGACCCAGCUUCUCCUUGGCCUGAUCCCCAUUCUAGUCCCUAUCUACUGGCCUUAGCAUUCACUUGGCCCGUCCCUCUUCUUAUUAUGUUGGGAACUGGACAGAAACACUCCCAUCUUCAAUGGAUUCCUGCACAUUCAUACUUUCUUAGCAAUCGGACUGCUCACUUAGAAGGGAGUACAGAGACGUGCAAUGAGAGACUUUGGUUGAGUGGGAUUGGAUGUUGGGAUCCAGAGGAGGUACACUGGGGACACCGAAAUGUGGGCAUGGUGGAGGGAUCAGGAGGAAUUGCUGUCACGGCUUCUGCCUUAGCUCGCGCUGGUCCUGCUAAGGAAGAGGCAAAGGAGAGGGGCUCAUGAAGUGUUUUGUGACUGUGUCUUCUAACAUCCUUGUCCUUUCUACUCUCCUGAAGCCAGUUCAGUCUCCAGGUCAGAAGAGGAGAGUGCUGAGCAUGACAUGGUUCCAUACUCUCCCGGGAGUAAAAGUUAACUAAGCACGAUACUUGUUUUUGCCAAAAAAAUAAAAAAUAAAAAAUAAAAGUUACAGAAAGUCAGAGCCCAAAGGACCUUGAAGAUCACUUGUUUCCUUAUGCAAAAGCUUGCACAAACAGAGGCCCUGGAGAGAGAAGUAGCCUGCUCAGAGUCACUGCAGAGUCUCAAUGGGGACCAGGUCUCCCAACUCCCACUUUAUGAUGUCCUUUUUCCUCUUGAUGAUGUCCUUUCAAAGAAAAUGAAGUGCCUUUUCUGGGUUUAGUGCAGAGGGUAGCUGGGAAGGAUGGGGAGGGAGAGGCUGUGAACUGCCCUGUGUGAGCAUGGAACGUCCUUCUCCCAACCUGGCCUGGAAGAGUUCAUAAAUGGUGAGAUGUCCCCACCCCCCACCGAUAGGCCGGGUUCCAGCCGCACGCCCAGGCUCAAGCUAUUUUAAUUGGGGUUCUCAGGCACUGAAACUACCAUUUGACCCCUGACACUGGUUAUCAUGAGCCCCUAUGUUGACUGGACCCUUGUUCUUGUGGCUUUGGGGGGAGUGUCAGAGGAUGGAGAAAGGGAAAGAAAGGAAAGAGAGAAGGAAGAAAGGAGGAGAGAUGGGAGGAUAUGUAGAUACGGUUCAUCACUCCACCAGGAGGCCCCAUCUCUUGGCAGGAGCCCUUUGCAGCCCCUCCCUGGAGGGACACCCUUAUCUUUUGCCUGAGCAGUUGUUCUUCUCAGAGGCCUCCCAGGAGGGAGAAAAGAGAAAACAGAAGCUUAAUAUUCACUUACAUAUGUGUAGGGCAGGGGGAGUCAGGACCCCCAAGCCCCAUAGUAACCCCAGGAUUGCCUCUCCACCCCUCCCCAAAGCCUUUUCUUCCCGUCUGCUGCUGCUGCUGCUGCUGCUGCUACUGCUGCCAUUUCAGAGGCCACCCCAGGGAUCUGGGCCAGGCAUGGGGUCCUAACCCCUUGAAGUGGGGGCUAGCUGGUGCCUCUUCUACUGCUGGUGCCUCUCCUCUACCAGGGACUGUGCCUUCUUUCUCUUUGUCGUUUCUGCAUCUCCUGCCUUAUCAGCCUGCCAUCCCCAGCCCCACAGGGAGAGAAGAGGACUAUGGCUGAGAAAGAGGAGAGAUAGCAAAGGAAGAGAGAUAAAUGGGCCUGGUGGGCUGUCUUAUUUAAAGUGGUUGUGUAUGAUUCUUAUACUAAUUUAUAUAAAGUUAUUAAGACCUUUUGAGUUUAAGAAACCUGUCCCCCGAAGGUGUUCGCUGUGUUUGUAAAGAUUGUUCUGUGUAAAUAUAUCUUUAUAAUAAAGAGAUAAAAAACUGACAAUUUGCCCUUACUCUUUGAGGUCAUAUUCCUUCCCCCCAAGGACCAUGCUUGUCCCAGAGCCCACAGAUUGCACGUGUAGGGAGGUGUUUGCAUCCCGAAUCGGUUCUAGGUCAACUGGCCUCAAACUGAUUUGCCACAAGCUCACAAAAGGGCUCUCUAUGUCUAAGGGCCAGUUCACAUAAAUUUGAGCCCCUUUUAAGUCCUUUGGCAUCUGUUCGAAUGUCCUCAUUUUUUCUGGCAGUGUCAUUUAAAGUUUUUUUUUUCAGAAGCAAUUCAUUUAAGGACAUACUGAUCAAAGGUGGGAUUUGUACUAAACGUUGUUUUGUAUCCCUGGUGGGUGUCUACUGUUUUAUCUGCUUUUGAAUACUUUCAGGACUUUUUCGCCAGUUUGCCUUUCUUGAAAAAUGUUGUUUUCAGCCAUAAAUACAUUUGGUAAUGACUUUGUAUGUAUCAUUUUAUGUUUCACAAAGUGGAGUUGCUUGAUGAAUGAGAUGGCCUGAAAAAUAAAAUGUAAGGAGUUCAAUACAA